AUGGGGUGCCAGAGAAAACUCUCAAUGUACAAAGUGAAGAUAAGAGAGGAUAUGGACAGUGGUUUUUUUGUGGAUGAGAGUGUAGAUAACUAUGACUAUGUAAAUGAUUUUCAAAAACCUGGAUGGAAAGAAAACACAACUACAAUCCUAAUCAAUGUAACUGAUGUUAAUGACAAUGCUCCAGUAUUUAAGUCUGAUAAAUAUUUUGAAACUGUACAAGAAAGCGUAUCUAAAGGAACUAUCUUGACUGUUGCAGCCAAUGAUGAAGAUAUUGGAGAAAACGGUAAAGUUCAGUACUCAAUACAAGGAAUGGAAUCUGUGUUAUUUAAAAUGGAUCCAGGUACAGGUGCUCUGAGUAUUGCUUCAAAUUUAACAAAUAAAAUAGGAUACAAGUGUUUCAAUGUUACUGCAAAAGACCAAGGAAAUCCACCAUUAAAUUCAACUACAUCUAUUUGUAUUAAUGUUACUGACAUUAACAACAACAAUCCAAACUUUGAAAAGCCAAAUGAUACAAUCAGCAUACCAGAGGAUUUUUGUAAAUAUAGAUGCUUACAUAUAAUUCCAUUGGUUUGGCUGGGUUCUUCUGUCACGUACCUCCUGAAAGUAUCUCAGAAGGAGAGAUGUGAAGAUCUUCGAUGUGACAUAAAUAAGGCUUAUGCCAUGUUAGUUGCUGCAAACAUAUCUGCCACCUUUCUUGUAGAAUGGCAAAAGGAUCAUAUCAUUCCUUGUGGGAUUUCUUUGGAUUCUCAGAUGCAGCUGAUAUUCCUGUGCAGCCAUCAUGCCAUGGUAUUAGAACAGCUCUUAAAGAGCUCUGCUGGUAGGCCAUCUUCACCUGCCACUUUGUUAUUCCUCAGUUUUCUGACAUACAAGCAUAGGAAUCAACAAUUUCAUGCUCUUGGGAAGCUACUGCGAAUCUCAAACUAUGCUUUGAACCGACAACUUUAUGCUCACUACAGUCUUUCACCUCUUGAGGGAACUCUUCUGACAAUGAGACUACAAUGGUUUGGUCACACAUUGUGGCACUCUGACAAUGAACUUAUCUGGAGGCCAAUAGUACCAUAUCCACCCCUGGAUUGGCAAACAGAGGAAAGUCUAAUAGAAAGGAAGCUGGAGGACGAAAAUCACCAACGAUAUACAUGGACACCUAAAUAUGACUUGGAUUCAACAUGUCCUGGCACUAAAAUAUAUACAGUCAUCAUAACAGACAAAGAUUUUGGUGUUAAUGCUAAAAUUAAUUAUGAACUGGAAAGUAAAGCUGAUAACAGUUAUUUUAAAAUAGACGAUUCUGGAAAUGUUAAUUUGGAGAAGAAGCUAGAUUAUGAAAAGAAAUCAUUAUACCAAGUUGAAAUAAAAGCUUCUGAUGCUGGUACUCCAUCGCUUCCUUCAAUUCCUGCAAUAUUUUUGUUAUCUGUGAAUGUUACAAACAUUAAUGAUGAGCCCCCUGAAUUUCUCCAGCCUAAUGACACAUUCACAAUUAAAGAAGGACCACCACCAAUAGCUAUUGGCUCAGUGAAGGCUAAAGAUUCUGGAUUUGAUUUAUGUUAUACUAUUGCUAAUGAGGUCAACAUUGUGUUUGCAAAGCCAAUUGACCAAGUUAGGAGUCAAAACCCAGAAUUUAUAAAAUUUCUUCAAUCAGUUGUGGGAGAUGAAUAUGAAAUUGUUCCUGGCAAACUUGAUGUCCUCCAAAAUGAUCAAGGUGAACCUGAUCCUCUCAGGAAAGCAGCACCAGAUGAAACACCUGAAGAUGCAUACCCUGGAACCAAUUUGUAUUCAGAUGGACAGAUUAAUCCAUUAUACAACAAUUUCGAUGAAAAUGACAUGGGUGGUCCCUUACCAGAUAAAGAGAGUUUGAACAAAUUUGAUGGUAUGUAUCAUAAAAAUAUCAAUGCUGCACCAGACAAUUUUAACAACUUUGAUGAUGACCCAACAUAUUCAAUGCCAGAAGACAACUCCAAAUUAGAUCUGGACAGUGUUAUCAAAGAACGUGAUGCAGAAAUGAAUAGGGCAAACAAUAAUUCUAUGACUCCUUAUUAUAAUCCAGAUCCUGAUCUAGAUGUUGAAGCUACUGAAGUAUAA